AUGCGUACAUGUCUAGAUUCUUUAGAUGUUAACAUUGCUAAAAAUAACACUCCGUCAAAGUCUCCUUGUACUAUAAAAGUUGCAUGGACCCCUCCUGCCCCUGGUAUUUUGAAAAUUAAUUUUGAUGGUUCAGUUCUUAACAACAUUGACACGACUUACCUAGUGACUAAUGUUGUUAGUCGAACUUACAAUCUUAGUACUUCUUCUCCACUUCUCGUUGAAGCAGUGACUCUUCGUAAUGGUCUUUUGUUAGCCAUCGAAAAUAAUGUUCAUCACGUUUACAUCGAGGGUGAUAACUUAUUGAUCAUCAAUAUUUUGCAGGGUCAAGUUCAGUGUCCGUGGAAGAUUCAAGUGCUGAUAAAAGAUGUCAAACAACUUUUGAAUCAUUUUGAUAGUUUUUCUUCUCGCACAUCUACCAAGAAGCCAAUGGUCCAGCAGAUUAUGUUGCCACUUUAA